AUGUUAAUUAAAAUUAGGCCGAAAUUCUAAAAUACUACCAACUAAACUUUUCAAAAUUCAUUCAAUGCAAGCAAAUAGCAAAUCUGUCCCUAACAAGAGGAAACUAUUCAAGACACUAAUGAAUUAGGCUUUAAUGUAUAUCAUCCUUCAAAUAAUGCGAAAAAUUUAUAAACUUAAAAGGAUGAAUAGAUGAUAAUAGUGGAAGUAAGUAUAUAGAAUCAUCAUUUAAGAAUUCUCAGAAGAAGUAAAUCAUUGUAAAUCUAAAUAAAAAGACCAUUAAAAAAGUUAAAAGAUACAUUGAAACCCCUUAAAUUAUUUUGGAAAGAAUAAAAAAUACAUAGACUGAAGUAUGAUUUUCUUAUAUCAAGUAAAACCCAACUUGCAGAAUAUGUCUAGAAUAAGAUUAAUUAGAUAAACUUAUCUCUCCAUGCAGUUGCGAUGGAUCUAUCAAGUAUAUUCAUAUGGAUUGUUUAAAGACGUGGCUUUUGA